CAACAGAUAGAGCAUUUCACAACGGACUGACGACCAUUUCAGGACUUUGGAUACCCAUAUCGUGUGUCAUAGAAUAAGCUGAAGAUCUUCCAAUCAGUAAUCUAGAGUUCUUUUGGGUCGCCAAGCAAGACAACUGUUAGACGUUCGACUGCCUUUCUUACAACCAUGAAUAUUUCACUGCCUGUGGGUUCCGAGAUUGACUCGGUGUCAUUCUCCUUCUACGAUGCUGCAGAGAUUCGCAAAAUCUCUGUAAAGCAAAUCGUCAACCCAAUCAUCAUGGAUACCAUGGGUCACCCAACCAAAGGUGGUCUAUAUGAUCCAGCACUUGGUCCAUACACCAAGCGUCAUAUUUGCGGUACAUGUUCACAAGACCACUUCAACUGUCCAGGACAUUUCGGCCAUAUCGAACUUCCUGUCCCCACCUAUAAUCCAACCUUCUUCGACCAUCUCUACGCCAACCUUCGCGCAAAAUGCUUUUAUUGCCACAAGUACCGUAUGAACCGCGUUCAGUUGCAUAAAAUCAUUGCCAAGCUGAAGCUGCUUCAACGUGGUUUGAUUCGCGAGAGCCAACGUAUUGAUGAUUUCAACAUGCGAGCCAAGAAGUCGUCUAAGAAUGCGGAUGAAGACGAUAUUGCUGAUGUUUUGGAAGAAGAGCAAGAAGGAAAUGAAAACGCUGAGCAAUUCUUGGAGCGAAUCGAUGACUAUGUCGAGGCAUGCAUCAACGAUAAGGAAGCCAACGAGUAUGCCAGUCGUACAUAUAAAAUUACUAUUAUUAAUGAAGAGCGAAAACAAGUUAUGGCAGAUUUCUUUAGACGCUGUAUCGCUAAGAAGCGUUGCGAGAACUGUACUGGUGUCUCCCCUCCUAUCCGUAAAGAUGGUGUCGCCAAGAUUUUUCAAAUGCCUUUGAACAAGAAGACACAAAUGAUCAUGGAAGCCAAGGGCCUUAAGAUUCAGGACGUUCUAGUUAAAUCUAAGGCUUCUACUCAGGCCAUGGAUGUUGAUGUCUCUGAAAACACUGCAAAUGGCAUCAGUGCUUCGGAAUCAUCUUCUGAAGAUUCUUCUGAUGAAGAGGAGCAAGGUGCCAAAAUGCCUUCUGGCAAGAUCUCCAAAGAAGACGGCGAAGCACCUGCUGGUCAACAAAAGUAUAUGACACCUCAUCAAAUUCGUGACCAUUUGACUUGCCUUUUCGAAAGUGAGCCUAGUGCAACCACCCUGAUGUAUGGAGCAAGAAACCCUCGCUCUCCUAGUUUGGUCAAGCCAGUCAAGGCAUCCAUGUUCUUCAUUGAUGUUCUCGCCGUUGCACCCACUCGUUUCCGUCCAGCUUCCGUUAUGGGUGACAAGUCUUUUGAGUCUCCACAAAACGUUUUGCUAGGCAAGAUCUUGUCUAGUUCUCAACAAGUUCGUGAAAGUAAUGCCCGUGUCCAAGCUUUGGGCAAGAACAAAGAUGAAAACAAAGAGGAGAUUACUCGUGCUUUCAACUAUCUUGUAAACAACAUCAUCAAAUUGCAACACGAUGUCAACUCGUUCAUUGAUUCUACCAAGAACCCUGCUCCUAUGCGACAAGGUCAGCUUCCACCUGCCGGUAUCCGACAGACUUUGGAAAAGAAGGAAGGUCUUUUUAGAAAGCAUAUGAUGGGCAAGCGUGUCAACUAUGCUGCUAGAUCCGUCAUUUCGCCCGAUCCUAAUAUCGAAACUAAUGAGAUUGGUAUUCCUCCCGUUUUCGCCAAAACUUUGACAUAUCCUGAACCAGUGACACCUUAUAACGUCAAGGAGAUGAUGCAAGCUGUCAUCAACGGACCCGAAAAGUGGCCUGGUGCAACCCACGUUCAAUAUGAGGAUCAAUCCUUGCACUCGCUUGCAAAUUUGAGCGUCGAAUCUCGCAUUGCUUUAGCAAACACUCUUUUGUCUCCUCAAGACUCUACUGCUUCUACGUCUGGUACUCCCUACGCUACACGUACUCAAUCUAUCAACAAGAAAGUAUUCCGUCACUUGCGUAAUGGCGAUAUGUUGUUGCUUAACCGCCAACCUACUCUUCACAAACCUUCUAUCAUGGCUCACAAGGCCAGAGUUCUUCCAGGAGAAAAGACCAUUCGUAUGCACUUUGCCAACUGUAAUACGUACAACGCUGAUUUCGACGGUGACGAAAUGAACGUCCAUUUCCCCCAAAAUGAGAUUGCUCGUGCAGAAGCCACCUUGAUUGCUAAUACUGAUAAUCAAUAUCUCGUCCCUACCUCUGGUAAUCCUCUUCGUGGUCUUAUUCAGGAUCACGUUGUUUCUGGUGUAUGGAUGUGUUCGAGAGACACUUUCUUCACUCGUGAAGAAUAUCAGCAAAUUCUCUAUGGAUCUCUGCGUCCUGAAAUUGAUGGCACCGGAAACGGCAGAGUCAUUACCGUUCCCCCUACUGUGUGGAAGCCUGUGCCACUCUGGACCGGUAAACAAGUUAUUACCACUCUUAUGAAGAACUUGACUGUUGGUAGACCUGCACUCAACCUUACCUCUAAUGCCAAGGUUGGUGCCAAAUACUGGGGUCCCGAUGGUGUUGAGGAGGCUACUGUCCUCUUUAUGGAGGGUGAACUUUUGACCGGUGUACUUGACAAGUCGCAAUUCGGUGCCUCUUCAUAUGGUAUGGUGCACUCUGUCUAUGAACUUUAUGGUCCUGAAUCAGCUGGAAAGCUUCUCAGUAUUCUUGGUCGUCUAUUCACAAAAUUCACUCAAAGCCAUGGAUUCACCUGCCGAAUGGAUGAUUUGCGUCUUACUCCUGAAGGCGACAAGGUUCGACGCACUCUUCUCGACAACGGAAAGGAUGACGGAAAGCAAGCCCACAUUGAUUUCCUCGGCCUUACCGAUAUGGCAAAGGAAGCUGACUCAGACGACCUCAAGAAGGAGUUCGAUCUUCGCAUGGAAGAAGUUGCUCGUGAUGAUUCUAAAUUGGCUGGCUUGGAUAAUGCUAUGAAGUCCAAGGUGAACAAGCUCACAUCCUCCGUCAUUGAUAAGUGUAUUCCCAGCGGCUUGGUCAAGAAGUUCCCCAAGAAUAACAUGCAAAUGAUGACCGUCUCUGGAGCCAAGGGUUCGCCCGUCAACGUCUCCCAAAUUUCUUGCUUGCUUGGUCAACAGGAAUUGGAAGGUCGUCGUGUUCCUCUUAUGGUUUCUGGAAAAUCAUUACCAUCCUUCUUACCAUAUGAAUCAAGUGCACGUGCUGGUGGUUACAUUGCUGGUCGUUUCUUGACUGGUAUCCGGCCACAAGAAUACUAUUUCCAUUGUAUGGCUGGUCGUGAAGGUCUUAUUGAUACUGCCGUCAAGACUUCUAGAUCUGGUUAUCUUCAACGUUGUUUGAUUAAGCAUCUGGAAGGUCUUCGUGUUCAUUAUGAUCACUCCGUCCGUGACGCUGAUGGUUCAAUCCUUCAAUUCCACUAUGGUGAAGAUUCAUUGGAUGUCAUUAAACAAAAGCAUCUCUUCCAAUUCAGCUUCUGCGCACACAACACCGAAUCCCUUCUCCAGAAAUAUAAUCCCAAGCAAAUCAUGGAUAUCCUUGACAUCAAGGAAGGUAACGACUACAACAAGAAAGCCCUCAAGAAUUCGCAGAAAUACGAUCCAGCACUUUCCAAAUACAGCCCAAGCCGACAUUUGGGUGUUGUGUCUGAACGUUUCUCAAAGCAACUGAAUGCCUACAUUGAAAACAAUCCCGACAACUUGCCAUUUAGCAAAACCACUGCAUCCACUAAGAACAAUGAGCGAUUUUCUAGCCUCACUUCCAAGAAAUUCAAGGCUCUUAUGCAACUUAAAUACCUUCACAGUCUUGUUGAACCCGGUGAAGUUGUUGGUCUUCUGGCUGCUCAGUCUGUCGGUGAACCUUCCACUCAAAUGACGCUCAACACUUUCCAUUUUGCUGGACACGGUGCCGCUAAUGUCACUCUUGGUAUCCCUCGUCUACGUGAAAUUAUCAUGACUGCCUCCGCUUCUAUUAAGACUCCCACCAUGUUGCUCCCAUUGCUCACCAACGUUUCCUCUGACGAAGCUGGCCAUUUCUGCAAACACGCCACUCGCUUGACCCUUGCACAGAUUGUCGAUGAUGUUGUUGUAACGGAACGAAUGACCAGCAAGUCAGCAUCUAGCAUGCACCGUCGUACUAAGGUCUACCAGGUUCGCCUGAACUUAUUCUCCGAAAAGGAAUAUAAGGAAGAGUACAAUGUCUCUGCUAAGCGCAUUAAGCAAGUUCUCGAAACUAAGUUCAUCCAGCGACUUGAAGCUGCCAUCCGCAAAGAUAUCAAGGAUUCCAAGAAGGCUAAGGCUGACGAUGUCGGUAAAGCUAUCAAACGCUCAAAGACAUCUAGCAAUGACACAGAAGACGAUAGUGCACCAGUCACAGCCACUGUAAAUGACGACGAUGAAGGUGACGGUGAUGCCACUGAUGCUCGUAACGCCAAGCGAAGUGCGCAGCAUGCAUCCUACGAUGCUCCUGACGAGGAUGAUGAGGAGGUCAUCAAGUCUAUGGACCGACAAAUGGAUGAAGAACUUGAAUUGGACGCUUUGGCUAACGGCGACGAUGAUGAUAAUGACACUUCAGCAAUGGACAUCGACGAUGCCGAAGGCAGAGUUGUUACCAACAGCUCAUAUGUCAGCAAAUGGAAGUUCGAUAACACCAAUGGCGCAUGGUGCGAAAUUGAGUUGACUUUCCCUGCCAACACUAAGAAGGUUCUUAUGGUGGCUCUUGUUGAAAAGAUCUGUCACGAUGUCAUUGUUCACGAGAUCAAGGGUAUCGCCCGAUGCUUCCCAUACAUCAACCCAACUGAAAAUGACAAAUCUAGAAAACUUCAAACGGAAGGUGUCAACUUACAAGGCAUUUGGCCAUACGCUGACAUCAUUGAUGUCAACAACAUCGAUACCAACGAUAUUGCUGCCGUGCUUAGAACCUAUGGUGUUGAGGCAGCUCGUAAUGCCAUCAUGAAGGAAGUAGACGGUGUUUUCGAGGUCUACGGUAUCUCUGUCGACAAGCGUCACUUGUCUUUGAUUGCUGAAUACAUGACGUUCGAAGGUGGAUACAAGCCAUUCAACCGGUCUGGUAUCGAAUCCAAUGUGUCACCUUUCCUCAAGAUGAGUUUCGAACGAACCUGCCAUUUCUUGACCGAAGCCACUGUCCACGGUGACUACGACAGCUUAGACUCUCCAUCCGCUAGAAUUGUUAUGGGCAAGGUUGUUGGUGGUGGUACUGGCUCAUUUGAAAUCAUGCAAUCACUCGUAGAUACUUCCGCAUAAAUCAUACAAUAAACUUUUUUUGCAUUUCUGUUCCCAUUAAUUUUAUUGAGUAUGAACGAGCUGUAGAUAGGAUUACGGCAUUAUGAAUGGAAUAUCAGGAGUUCAAGCAGCCAGCAGAGAGCCAGUCAGCCAGACAGUUUCACGCUAAUAGUGGACGUAGCGCAGCCGUUUAGGCUUGUAGCCAAUUGGUAACCAUGAAAUUUUUCAGGUUCUCCACUUGAAUGCCACUUUGGCUCUCACUCCCGCUAUUUUGUUACGGAGCCAAAUUCGAAUUUGGGUUACAUCAUCAGUCCUGAUCGCCAAAUACAAUGGAUACAGUAUAGUUUGGAUGCUAUAGUCCUACGGGGCAUAUCUUCUAGCGACUUGCUCUGAGUUUACAUGGGCUAAAAUUGCUACCUUACUGCGGUCACCCUAGCUUCAGACUAUGCUGAGCC